AACAGGAGUCGCCCCAUUUCCCGGAGUGGAAGGAGGUUCGUCGUGGGCCAGAAAUGUCCGAUUUUUUGGUCGAAUAACAUCAAUCUCGCUCGACUUUUUCAGAAGUGGAAGAGCAACGCGGUCGCCGAGAUGACGGACACCGGAAACCGGCUGCGCAAGCAGCUGGAAUCGGCCAACUUCGAGCCGCAGGGUUACGUGAAGCAGCUCUCGCAACAGUCUGACGGCGACAGGGACCUGCAGGAACAUCGGCAGAAGAUCCAGACCCUGGCCGACGAGACCGCGCAGAAUCUGAAGAAAAACGUCUACAAGAACUACCGGCAGUUCAUCGAGACGGCGAAGGAGAUUUCGUACUUGGAGAGCGAGAUGUACCAGCUGAGCCACAUCCUCACGGAACAGAAGGGCAUUAUGGAGAGUGUAACCCAGGCCCUGCUGUCUACAGACAAGGACGAGGCAGCCAGAGAGAUGCUGGCGGCCUUCCCCAAGGAGACGGAGGAGGUGAAGCAGAGAACGCUGACGACCCUCCUUGAGAAGGUGGAAGGGUGCAAGAGCAUCGUGGAGACCCCGGGCAGGUGUCUAGUUUACAAUGGCGACUUGCUGGAGUACGACGCGGACAACAUGUCCCAGAUACAGAAAGUGCACGCGUUCCUGAUGAACGACUGCCUGCUCGUCGCCACGUGGCUGCCGAACAGGCGUGGGGUCAUCAGGUACAAGUACAGCGCUCUCUACGAUCUGGAGAGUUUUGCCAUUGUCAACGUGAAGGACAACCCUCCCAUGAAGGACAUGUUUAAAAUCCUCAUGUUCCCGGACAGCCGCAUUUUUCAAGCGGAGAACAGCAAGGUGAAGAAGGAGUGGCUGGAGAUCCUUGAGGAGACCAAGAAGAACAAAGUCACCAAAGACAGGCACAAGAAAGAGGAGGAGGUCCCCACGUCGCCGGUCAGGCAAGAGGUCUCCACCAACCCGUUCGACGAGGACGAGGCGCCGCCGGACGCCGAGGAGCUGGUGGACCUGAGUCCCGAGUGGAUCCAGGAGCUGCCGGAGGACCUGGACGUGUGCAUCGCGCAGCGCGACUUCGAGGGCGCCGUGGACCUGGUGGACAAGCUGGGCGAACACCUGCGGGACAAGCCGCUGAGCCCGCGCGCCAAGGACCUGCGCGACAAGGUGGAUGAGCGCAUGCGGCAGCUGACGGAGGUGCUGGUGUUCGAGCUGUCGCCCGGCCGCUCACUCCGCGGAGGGCCUAAGGCCACGCGGCGUGCCGUGUCGCAACUCGUGCGCCUGGGCCAGUCCACCAAGGCUUGCGAGCUGUUCCUGGCCAACCGGGGGGCGGCCGUGCGCACAGCCGUCCGCCGGCUGCGCAUUGAGGGCGCCACCCUCCUCUACGUCCAGAAGCUGUGCAACGUCUUCUUCACGGGCCUGCUGGAGACGGCGCGCGAGUUCGAGACAGACUUUGCCGGCGAUGCCGGCUGCUACUCGGCCUUCGUGGUGUGGUCACGCGCCGCCGUGGCCGCCUUUGCAGACGCCUUCAGCAAGCAGGUGUUCGACAGCAACGAAAGCCUCUCCACGGCCGCCGAGUGCGUGAAGCUGGCCGGCGAGCACUGCCGGCACCUGGGCGAGAUCGGCCUGGACCUCACCUUCGUCCUGCAGUCGCUGCUGGCGAAAGACGUGAGGGCGGCCCUGCGGGCGCAGAAGGACGUCGUCGUGGAGGCCACCAGGCACCGCAACUCGGAGGAGAUGUGGCGGAGGAUGAACUUGAUGACCCCCGAGGCCCUGGCCAAGCUGAAGGAGGACAUGCGUGGCUGCGGCGUGACCGGCUUCGAGCGGUACACGGGAGCCGACUGCUGGGUGAACCUCAGCUACACGGUGGUGGCCUUCACCAAGCAGACCAUGGCGUUCCUGGAGGAAGGUCUGAAGCUCUACUCCCCCGAGCUGCACAUGGUGUUCCUGGAGAGCCUGAGGGAAAUCAUCCUGGUGGCCACGCAGCACGUGGACUACAGCCUGCGCUGCGAGCAGGAGCCCGAGAAGAAGGCCUUCAUACUGCAGAACGCCUCCUUCCUGCACGAGACCGUGCUCCCCGUGGUGGAGCGGAGGUUCGAGGAGGGCGUGGGCAAGCCGGCCAAGCAGCUCCAGGACCUGAGGAAGAGCUCCCGGCUGGUCCGCGUCAACCCGGAAAGUACCACGUCAGUGGUGUGAUGGGGGAGGGGGGAACCAUGUGGGUGGUGCGAUGGUGGGGGGAGAGAACAUGACGAACAUGAUUCAUUAAGCUUUCGCACCCACUAAGAGCUAGAAAUGCAUUUCAUUUCAUAACUGUUGACACACUGCGACUCCUUUUGGAUUUUGUUUGUCUUCUAAUAUAUUUCAUAAGAGGUAUGAUAAUGUAGUUAUUUACAAUUGUACAAUUGCUUUUUAGGGUUUAUUAAUUGCAUCGCUGUUUAUCAAUUGGCACGCACAUCAUUAAAAUAAUCAUUAAAGUAAUAAAGUGGUGGUU